AGUUAUUACCACAUACAUCGCCAGACUGGAUUGACGUUAUUGUGUUGUAAAUCGUUUGCGGCAAAACGUAACUGCCACUUGAAUUAAGCCAACGCUAUAGGUGUUUCAGUCCACGUGGACUAACUUGGUAUUAAUGAGUGAGGUUUCAAACGGAGUAACGUUACAUAGCGUAAAUUAGCCAACUAGCUACGUAACGUUAGCUUCGAGCAUUGACAGGUCGGCAGGCAGCCGAAACCCUGCGUGCUGUGUCCACUGCACUGCCCUUUUCACACUAUUCAGUGAGACAGGACGGGUUGCAGUGUACGAGAAAGAAAGACAAGAGGAAAGGCGAGGCGAUGACAGCACUACAAGAUACGGAAGAUGCCAGUGAAACAGACCUUGCCAAGCACGACGAGGAUGACUAUGUUGAAAUCAAAGAGCAAAUGUACCAAGACAAGCUGGCCUCCCUGAAAAGACAGUUGCAGCAACUACAAGAAGGUACGCUGCAGGAGUAUCAGAAGAGGAUGAAGAAGCUGGACCAGCAGUACAAAGAGAGACUCCGAAAUGCAGAUCUUUUUCUCCAGCUUGAGACAGAGCAGGUGGAGAGGAACUAUAUCAAGGAGAAGAAGGCAGCGGUGAAGGAGUUCGAUGAUAAAAAAGUUGAACUGAAGGAAAACCUAAUUGCAGAAUUGGAGGAGAAGAAGAAGAUGAUCGAGAACGAAAAAUUAACAAUGGAGCUGACAGGCGACUCAAUGGAAGUAAAACCUAUCAUGACUCGGAAGCUGAGGAGGCGGCCCAAUGAUCCAGUGCCGAUACCGGACAAACGGAGAAAGCCUGCGCCAGCUCAGCUAAAUUAUUUGUUAACAGAUGAACAGAUAAUGGAGGACCUAAGAACACUUAAUAAGCUUAAGUCUCCAAAACGACCAGUGUCUCCCUCGUCUCCAGAGCACGUUCCCUCCGCUCCCAUGGAGAGCCCCUCCCAGCGUUACGAGGCCCGCAUUGAGGAGGGGAAACUAUACUAUGACAAAAGAUGGUACCACAAGAGCCAGGCCAUCUACCUGGAGUCAAAGGACAACACAAAGAUUAGCUGUGUCAUCAGCUCAGUGGGGACCAAUGAGAUUUGGGUGAGGAAGACAAGCGACAGUACAAAGAUGAGGAUCUACCUGGGACAGCUGCAGAGGGGAGCGUUCGUCAUCCGUCGACGGUCGGCUGCGUGAAACAUGACCCCAGCGCUCCCCACCCGCCUCCAUCUGCUCAAUCACCCACCCAUCCAACCACACCUUUAACUACUGUUUCCAUCGUUGGUGCAUCUGAGUUGAGUUUGACAUGUUGCCUCUUCCUCUUCAUCAUAUACACUGCCUCCAAACAGUUCUCCAUGGCCAAGAAUAUCUUCUUACUUUUUCCACAGAAACUAAAUGCAAGUACAGUAACAGUUGUCCUGUACACAACUGACUGUUCCCCACAAUUAUUUGUCACUAUGUGGCAUGUGCUUGAAAGCAGUUAAUGGUCAUAAAGAAGCAUACUACAUGUGCUGAGAACAUAAAUCUUUCCCACAGCAUCCAGUCUUACAUUUUUCGUUAAGUUAUUUGUCAUUUGAGUUUCUCAUCAGCCCGAUGUGGACCCACAGAUGCUGUCUUCUUUAAGCCUUUGAAACGGUCACAAGCAAGCACUGAAAAACUGAUGAGGAAUUAGCUUCAGGUUGGCUGAAUACCAUUAAUCCUCUGACUGAUGAAGUUACAGUUCCCAGGUGUCACACCAUGUAAAAAAAAAAAAGAAUAUACCUUUUGCACUGUCAUCAAGAAAUGGAGGCUGUUUGCUCUGCUGAUGGUUUGUCCUAAUAACAUGUUUAAAAGUCCUAUGUAUUAAACCUUUAAUUUGAUGUUUGGAAAAAAGAUAUUUUGAGUUUUUUUGUUUUUUUUAAUGUUAUUUUUUGGCUAUUAUAUGACAUGCUCUUAUGUGAACGAUAUGGAUUAGUUUGUCUGUAUUUGUACGUGGAGCAUUAAGUUGACUAUUGAUUUGUACUGUGUUGCAUUUUAUUAAAAUGUUUUCUGCCUUUUAUUUAA